UCCCAGUCUCUGUCUCGUCGUCUCUCGUACGACGUUGCGUUCACUCGUUCCUUCAUUCCAUCAAAAUUCGGGCAUUCCCGGGCGCACAGUUGUACAGUGUGAACCACGGUUCGAGUUUCGAUUGAUUUUUUUCGUAUUUUUUAUUUCUUCAAGAUUUAAUCAUAAGCGUGGCUAGCCAGGGAAUAAAAAGGAAAAUGAGUAGCUCCGAGGAGGUUUCUUGGAUUUCCUGGUUCUGCGGACUUCGUGGCAAUGAAUUCUUCUGUGAGGUGGACGAGGACUACAUUCAGGAUAAGUUCAAUUUGACCGGACUGAACGAACAAGUGCCGAACUACAGACAGGCACUUGAUAUGAUUUUAGAUCUGGAACCGGAAGAUGAGAUAGACGACAAUCCGAACCAGUCCGAUCUGAUCGAGCAAGCGGCUGAGAUGCUGUACGGUCUUAUCCACGCUAGGUAUAUCCUUACGAAUCGCGGUAUAGCUCAAAUGAUAGAGAAAUAUCAAAGCGGUGACUUCGGCCACUGUCCGCGGGUGUACUGCGAAAGCCAACCGAUGCUUCCAUUAGGUUUAUCUGAUGUGCCUGGUGAGGCCAUGGUGAAAAACUACUGUCCCAAGUGCAUCGACGUCUACACACCAAAGUCCUCGAGACACCAUCACACGGACGGGGCCUACUUUGGCACCGGUUUUCCUCACAUGCUGUUCAUGGUACACCCCGAGUAUCGCCCGAAACGUCCCGCCAACCAGUUUGUGCCGCGCUUAUACGGCUUCAAGAUCCACUCGUUAGCCUAUCAAAUUCAGCUUCAGGCAGCUGCCAACUUUAAAGCGCCAUUGCGAGGGGUAAUGAACAGCAAUCGGGGCCCUUUGGAAAAUGUACUAGUGUCAAAAGCCCCGAAAACCGAAUGCAAAGCUUAAUCGUUUGAAUGAGUUUGCACUGUGCAUUGAGUAUACAUAUUUUUUACAUUGUUACAAAAUUUGGCAUCCGAGGCACAUCGUGUCCUUGUGUGAUUCUGUAUCUGAACAUUUUUUUCCGUUGGUAUAAACAUUGAAAAUAUCUAUACAGCCAGUUGUAUGGAGGUUAUUGUACAUAACCGAAUUGAGCUAAAAACAUUUAUUAUAUUUUAUUUCAAAUUAUAUCAUUGCACUUUUGGUUUUUCACACAACGUCGUUUCGAUACCGGAAAAUCAUAACGGGAUCGUUUGCAUGGGUUACCCGUGGAGAUUGUUCUAGGACGUUCCCAGAAACUACUUACUAUUAUUCUCGAGGAUUUUUUUUUUCUUUAGUCGAAGUCAAUAGCUAUACAUUGUUCUUUAAUUUCUCUAUUACUGGAGCUUUUCCGGACAAAUUCAAAAUGGCCUGAGUUAGAUAGGAUUAAUGUAGUGUAACUAGCAAUAAUUGUGUUAAUGGUGAAAACGCGAAAAUCACGUUAGCUUCAACACAGUGUAAUCGACCGACCGAUCCUGCAAAGUUUCCUUCAUAUUCACCAGAAAUCCCUUACUGAUUUUAGUGCACUGUACAAAAAAACGUGUAAAAUUUUAUUAAGUAGACUCUGGGUACAAAUCCUUGAAUAACUUCCAGGAGUGGCCCAAAGCGUGCACGAUCGUUUGACGUAAUGAGUAUUUGGCUUACAUCUGUUGUUUUUUCAAGUUUGUAUUUGUGAGGCAUGAACCAGCGUUGCUUGACUACCAUGAGAGCAAUCUCGUCAUUUUUUGGAAAUUUUAAUUCUGAACUUGACAAUCAAGUCUUGGUCCACGACAGAGGUUCGAAGUAAAACAAAGUGAUCGAUGAACGGAUCUCACCUUGGCCCGGAAGUUUAUAUUAGGAAAAUAUUUCGAGGAUUCGAAAAACCAAUCGUUGAAAUGUUACUAAUGAAGACAAAACAAUUAAAUGGGAUUGAAUCGAGUUGACUGGUUGACCAAACUUACAAUGAUCUAGUGUGUACUGAAAGUAAACUAAAUUAACAUUUCGAAUCAUAUUUUUUAUGUAUCCGCUCAUCACUUUCAGUUUUUUUUUAUAACUUCAAAAGGAGCGUCAAGCAAAAUCAACCAUCGACCGCAAAUCCUUAAGUUAUCUCAGCCUGCGUUUUAAUGGAAUGUUUGAGCGUUAGGAAGACCUACUAAGUUUGUCGAAACAGAAGAUACAAAAUUCCUCACCUGGUUUCUACUGACAAUACGUGGCCUUUUGUCGAUCAUAUUUGCAGUUUUCCAUCGAUAAUGGAAAUUAUUUUUCUAAUGUUGAUAGCGGUUGUAGCUUCUUUCUUUAUGUCAUGCACAGUUUUUUUUUGUAAAGUGCUAUUACUGUCGACGCGUACAAUUUACUGAAUUUGGUCGUGAUUAGCUCAAUUGAAUUUGAUUGCUUCAUUAUUUUUUAAAGUUUUAUGUUUCUAACGGUUCUUCAAAAGUUCUAGCGAUCACGGUUAAAAAAUUGUUUUUUUUUAAAAUGCCAUUUUUUAAAUCUUGCUUCUAUGAGACCUUAUUUUAACUCAAACAUUUCUUGUUACGUAAACAUCUAGAGCUGGAUCAAUAUUUACUUGCUAUGCAUCACAUAAAUAAGUAAUUGACCUCACAAUAUAACUGAUACUGAUAUCCCUUCGUAUAUUCUAUCCCUAGUAGCGAUUUUGAUUGAUUACCUUCGAGAUUUUCGUGUAGACGGUCGCCUCCAUACUAUCAGAGUAUCCUCAACAACUUCCAAACAAAUCGAUUGUAACACUUUUUUUGACUGGUUUAAAGUAAAAUAAAUAAAGAAAAAUGAUGCCAUCUUACAAGAUUGUUGCUCAUUCUUUCCGAAAAAUCAUUUUUUCAGAAAGAACGAUCAUCAAUGCGAAGGAAAUGUUAUGGUCAAACCCGGUGCUUAAGUUAUGUCUUCGAAUGAAAAAAGCCACGAUCAACCAAUAAGACGAACAAAAACAGUUAAAAUUAUUUAACUGCUAUCGUUGCUUAAUUAACAGUCUUGUGAUUUGCUGUUUAUUUGGCUGCUAUUUCUUCAAAUGGAAAUUAUGAGAUUAUUCGCACUGGCCGCUAUUAUUAUUCUCUCUCCAAAUUCAUCAUGAUCACACAGUAGAUUGAUUUUUUUUAUUUCAACCUUAGAUUCAUUCUCCUCGUUUUUGGGUUAAUAAAAUUGCUAACCCUAUGUGCGGGUUUGGGAAUGAAACUUAGAUGAACUUCCCGCAAGGCAAUCGACUGGAAUGAUUUGGUCGAAUCCGACUUUUAGAAGCUUAUCUGAGCAUGUUUAUCAUCAUAUAUUUAUGUUAUCUGCAUUCGUUUUUCCGUUCUAUAACAACUCAAAGAGCUCCUUUCAUCUAAAAGCCACUCCUAUACGACCCGUCAAUAGUUUCAGUUUCCAAGAAAACCUUUGUGUCGCACCCACACUUCUUACGUUGGUGAUGUUUUUUUCACGAUUAUUUUUUGCACACAUAUGCUGGUCUGAAAUGUAGUCAGUCCAUAAUCUGAUUUUUUCUCGUGUGUCGCACUCUGAUGAUAAACAUCGAACCAACCGCUUCACUGAUUUCGGAAUAUAGCAUCUAACCUUGUUAUACCUGUAGAAUAGCCUUAAAAACUUUCCUCCAUACUGCGUUUUAUCAUGUUGAUAUGAAACGUUUCAUAUUUGUUACAUUUUGUUGGCAUAUAAAUUUGCAUAAUAAAGAUAAAAUAUGACUUCAUUGUGCAGUGUGUCCUCUGGUUGUCCGUUCCGGGAAAGUCAUUGCUGAUAACUCCGGUACGAUUUGCUUUAUUCUCUCUGAUCGUAUCAUACCAUUUUUCUAUUUCUUAAUUUCCGAACAAUUUUCAAAUAUGACAGUUAUCUUCAGUUGACCGCUCUUUGCUUUGUUCGUUGAUAUUCUGCGGCAAUGGUUCGAGCCUACGCACAGGGGAGUAACUGGGGUCAAAUCCUGGCCAAAAUUAUUUGUUGUUGCUAUUGCUUUUAUUAUGCCUUAAUAUGAACAAAAAAUAGACAAUAACAAGCUUUUGGAACAAUUUGGCAUCUAUCCACCUACCAGUGUAGAGGUCAAUUUUCUAAAUCCUUUCGAAUACUAGUAAUUUCGAGGUGAUCUUUGUGAAUACAUUUGUUUUUCCAGUUGCACAAACAGUUGAUUAGUGAAAAAAGGGGAUAAAAAGGGACGCUUGAGCAUAUUUUCAUAGAGAUACAUUUUGAAAAACAUAUUAUUUGACCCUACAGCAUUUCGGUGUACCUCAAAUUACUAAAAAUUUCAAUAUUUUCAAAUCGCUUGGAAUUUGUGGAUCGGACAAGAUCAGAAGAGUUCUUAUGUUUUUCGGAUAGCUGGAAUUUGGUUUUGUAAUACUGCUUCAGCAACUUUGCCGGAUCUUACCGUAUAAUGUAACUUUUUUUUCAUACAAGUUUGAAAUAAAAUGUUUUAAAAACGUAUUUUUUAAAGUUGGAGCAAUGCACAGCAAAGGCUAAAGUUACACAAAUGGUUGUGUUCAACUACGCUUGCAAUAAUAUUGUCUUACUUAAUACAGUCAUCAUCACUAGAAAGCGAUAUUUCUUGAUAUAUAAUCAAAAUUAUUAAAAAACCCCUUAAAAUGUCACCAUUUUACAUCCAUGCAAAAAUUCUUUAACGAUUGGCGUUUGGGCGUUUGUCAGAACAUGUCCGAUUUGAAUUUUUUAUGUGUUUCCACGUCUGCUGGUUAGUUGCUUUGUGCAAAUAGAUACUAUUUGAUGUUAGUAGUUAUUUGAGGCUCUCCUUCCGAAUAAAUGAGCGAAACAACUCUUCCCUUUCGACCUGUGCAUUUGCGUUCUCGGGAAUGAGUUUCCCGGUCAUAGUCGGGUUCUCUCGCGCGCCUGAUUAUCCUUUUGUUCUAUGGAAUACCCUAUAUACGUGGGACAAUCAUGCGUAGAUCGGCAGAACUUGUACAGACUUCACCCUCUGAAGACAGAUGACUUCCGUUUAAUUGCACUAUGUUAAUAAUCAAAUGCAAUUGCAUUUCACCAUCAAACAUCAGAUACUAGUAUUUCGACUAAAACGUAUAAUAGCAUAGGAGUCCCAUAUGAAUUUUUGUUGUAUCAAUACUGAAUCAAAAUGCAUAAAUAAGAUUACCAAGUUUGUUUAGAAAAUAUUACUUUUCCUUUCCCUUUGCUUAUCAUUUUGGUACCAUCCAAGGAGCUCUUGACCUUGUACCCACUGCUCUUCCACCAUCCUCGUGGUUUUCUCCAUUAAUCACUGGCGUCACAUCGUCGCUGUUGUGCUAUCUUAUGACAAGCGCCAUUUUGCACAUUUUGAGAAAAACGAUUUUUAAAGUUUGAGAUUGAAUAUCUUGAAACUUAUAAAUGGUAUAAAGAAUUCAAAGAAGACAAUCGAUGCUUCUAUCUAUUUUGUAUUAAUCUCUCAAAUAUUACGAAGAUCCGUUGACUAAGUUGCAAGUUUUUACUAUAAAUGUAAACAAAAGUCGCACUCACACGUGUCAUAGGUGUGUAUUGAUGACAAAAUUUGUAUGGCGUGCCAUAAUCGUGCAUGGAAAAUUUUCCAUAGAAAAAAAUCAUCAAUUAUUAACUUUUAUUCAUAUCUUUGGUUUCAUUUGGUCAAUAGACAAUCGGUGACAUGCAUUUUGAAGGAAAUGAGUCAGGGAAUCUAGAAAAAAUAGUUAUUUUUGGUUACAGUGUUGCCAAAUAUGCUAUAUUUCCAGUUUAAAACUUAAAUUGCAUUUUUCUUACAAUUAGUGUAUUUUUGUUUGAAAAAUGAUUAUGCCAUUGUGUUCCUCAGAUAGUUUUACACAUAAAAACAUCUUAUACAUCAAGAUAACUUGAGCCAAUACCCAGACACGGUCAUUCGAAGCAAAAAUUAUAAAAUUUCGCAGCACGUUUUUCGCUAUAGCUCAGUAAUCAAGCAGAAUGUCGAAAUUCUGAAAACGCCACUUUGUAGAGAUUUUUUAGACAAGUGAUGUGGCGUAUCUAACUCAGUUUACCCCAAAAUGGCGUUUGUCAUAAGAUAGCACAACAGCGACGACAUGUGAUAUUUGGGUACGGAAAAUGAUUUUCGAAGCAGGCAAUCAAAUGAAAGAAGAUUGCCAGGUAAUUAGUACACUUUCUGCACCAGGUAUCAUAUCGCAUUUGUAGAUACACAAAUUAAGUGUAUCUACUAUACGAUAUGAUGGCCGGAAGGAUAGAUAAGCAACCCAAACUCCCCAAGAUUACCAAGUUUGUUUAGACAAUAUUAAAAAACAAAUACCAAAGCAUGGUUGUCCCAUCCCUAAGGCUCAAUGAAAAUGUAAAUCUUGAGCAGCGUUUUCCUCCGCUUGCUGUUCUUCAAUAUGGGACUCUUAUGUUUUAAUAUGCAGUAUACCGCCGUUCUACGCCAAAUUGUCUCAUGUUGCAAAACUGGCCACUGAAAAAACGCCAUUGAAGAUAAAACUUGUAGUAGCAAUCUGGAUAGAAACGAUGCAGCGAAUAAAGUUUUAUUGUCUAGAAUUACGUUCAUAGCAAAGGUUUCUAAUACAAUCAGUCCAGGGGUGACAUUACGCAUCUCGAAACGAAAGGUUUAUUGUAGGGGAACCCGGGUUACCGAUCAAAAGUCCUAAUUGUUAGUUUGAAACCUCAGCUACAUUUUGGUGUCAUGAAAGGUUUAUUUGCACCACUCAAUGGUAGCACUAGGCGACGAGUUGCAAACUUCUAUGUUUUUCCAUCCUUUUACAAUGUAGGGGUAAUUCGGACCUCCCUACGGGGCAAUUCAGGCCGUCAUUUUUCUCAUGUCAUGUCCGAAUUACCCCCACUGUCCUAAUAGCCCCGGGUACCCUUUUCAAGCUUGUAUGAAAAAGUCGAAUCGAAUUGGUUGCAUAAUGUGGCCCCAGUUUUUCAUUAUUAAAAUCCAAUUAACGUAAGUUUUUACAAAAAAUGUUAAAUGGCGAAAAAUCGGAUAGACACCGGCCGCAUAUUUACGCAUAUCCGUCCUACCACGAUCUAUGCAAACGAUUACUGAUUACUCAUUUGGUUUACAAACGUGUAUGUCGAGAGUUUUCUUGUUACUCGGGAGAUUAAUGGCUUCGUCAAAAUCGGAAAUAGAUGCGUUCGUCAUGUUAUAAGUAUUUGAAAGCAAUAAUAGUGAUGAAGAGAUUUGCAGGAUUGAUCUUACUGUUGUAAUUAUUAUCACCACACCCAUCUCUUUUUUAAUGAAACUUUCGUUUUUGCCCGACAUCAUAACUAAGCGCUACAUAAUUAUUUUUAUUGCAUGCUUUUUAGGCUUUUUGUUAGUGGGACAAUUAUGCGUAUUAACGUAUGCGGAAUGAAAUUUGGACAACGCUUCCAGCUUUAAAUCAAAAAUGCAACCUUGCGCAAGGUACCAUACUAAACGUCAUACUCUAGGCACACUUAUUUUAAACAUCCAGUGUUAAUUUCGAACCACUAGGCGAUACCAUGUGAACAAAAUGGCAGCGAAUGCACAAUCUGGCACCUAGCUAUUAUACCAAAAAAAGUUUUGGCGCAAUGCAGGAUUAUGGCAUACCUUUUGUACAAAAGGCUGAUAUCCCUCCAAAUGUACCACCACUGCGUCUAAAUGAGUAUUUUUGGAAUUGAAUUUUGAAGCAGAGAGUAUAUCGUCGCUGUUGUGCUAUCUUAUGACAAGCGCCAUUUUGCACAUUUCAAGAAAAACGAUUUUUAAAGUUUGAGAUUGAAUAUCUUUGAACUUAUAAAUGGUAUAAAUAAUUCAAAGAAGAUAAAUGAUGCUUCUAUCUAUUCUGCAUUAAUCUCUCAAAUAUUACGAGAAUCGGUUAACUACAUUGCGAGUUUUCUUUAAAAAUGUAAACAAAAGUCGGUCUCACACGUGUCAUAGGUGUGUAUUGAUGACAAAAUUUGUAUGGCGUGUCAUAAUCGUGCAUGGAAAAUUUUUCAUAGAAAAAAAUCGUCAAUUAUUAACUUUUAUUCAUAUCUUUGGCUUCAUAUGGUCUAUAAACAAUCGGUGAGAUGCAUUUUGAAGGAAAUGAGUCAGGGAAUCUAGAAAAAAUAGUUAUUUUUGGUUACAGUGUUGCCAAACAUGCUAUAUUUCCAAUUAAAAACUUAAAUUGCAUUUUUCUCACAGUUCGUGCAUUUUUGUUUCGAAAAUGAUUAUGCCAUUGUGUUUAUCAGAUAGUUUUACAUAUGAAAACAUCUCAUACAUAAAGAUAAUUUGAGCCAACCUCCAGACACAGCCAUUUGAAGCAAAAAAUUAGAAAUUUCUCAGCACGUUUCUCGCUAUAUCUCAAUAACCAAGCAGAAUGUCAAAAUUCUGUAAACGCCACUUUGUAGAGAUUUUUUAGACAAGUAAUGUGGCAUAUCUAACUCAGUUUACCCCAAAAUUGCGUUUGUCAUAAGAUAGCACAACAGCGACGAUAUGCCAUUAAUUUUCGACCUAAAACUAACAAAUAUGAUGAUCAAAAUAAAGAAAGAAAUCAAGAAUAUGCCAACAUCAAUUUUUUCGACUUCUUUGCAAAAAGUUCUUGCAAACUGCCAUAGCUCCUUGAAUGGGCUUAAUUUUUUUUUCUACAAUAAGUUAAUAAGCUGACAAAUGUUUUCAUAUAGAGAGAACAUUUAAUAAAGGGUUUGCCUUUUGCAUUUUGUCCAAAUUUUAUUCCGCAUACGUAAUGCAAUGGGACAAACUGACUUGUUAUUUUUUCACGGAGUCUUCGAACAAACUGUAUGAUUUGAAUGUCUUCUGAAAAUAUACUUAUAGGAAUGUUUGAUGAAAAAAAGUGAAAAUGCUCAAAAAGUGACAUGGGACAAUUAUGCGUAGAGCGGCAGUAUAAGGCUAUCCAAAAAAUGACUGGCAAAUAACACGGCAGCAAUUCAAACAUAAUACAGGCUACGGACCUGACCUGUGGUUUAUCAAUUUAACCCUAUAUAGGGCUAAUAAUGAAUGUUAUAUUAAUAGAAAUGCGGUUCUUACACUUAGUGUAGAAAAUAUUUACAUUUAUUUCGCAAUAGAAACUAUUUUGAAAAAGGUGGAAAUAUAGUUGCCACCGCCCGGUAAAAGCAUUUCACGAAACUCUAUUUCUGAAGGAUAGUAUACUGCCUAUAAUCGCACGUCAGUCCCAUGUUCUACGGGUUUCCGUAUCUACAUGGGACUGGCUUGUGAUUAUAUGCAGUAUAGGAAGAAACCCAAGCGAAAACUAGUCGCCGUCAUGCCCGUUUUUAUAAAAACAUUUUUGUAAUUCCAUAUCAACAUUAGAAUAGGGCUAAUAAGAUUUGUAAACAAACUUUUUUUUUGCUGAUUUCUCUUAAUUUGUUAUAUUUUCAACCCAGAAUACAUUUGAAAUUGAUUCUACCAAGGGUAAAGAUGUUGAUUCAUGUGUAUCUUUCAUGAAAUUCGACUCGACAGCGGAGUAAUGAGCGAAAUAAGUUUGUUUAUAAAAAUCUCAUUAGCCCUUUUGAAGAAUUGAUAUUGAAUUGCUAGUUUUACUAUGUUUAUCUCCACCUCUACGCAGGCCAGUGCGCAGGUCAUUUUAAGAGGGGGGGGGGGUCAAUUUUCUUUGUUUCUUACAAAAGAAGGCUAUAGCAACCCUCACACUUUGAAGAUGUUUUCUCAGGUCUAGAGGGCCUAUUCUUUUGUAUCAAUCAACUCAGCUCAACAAAUUGGGACGAUGUCUGUUAUCGAGAAGGAAUCUUCAACAGACACUUCCGCUCGUGAUAGUGCGGAUUCUUACUGCAGUGAUUUGUAGUAAACUUACCGACUAUACCUAAACCUUUUGUUCUUCCCAGCCUUCAUCCUUGCGCAAUCACCGUCAGGCAUUACUUCAGUAGAGAAUGUGCGCUUGCUCUUUUCAUUUUGUGUUAAAUGUUCGUAGUUUUCCCAUUGCAUGCGUUUCUGAGAUCUGCUGUAAAUAUUGAUACCUGUCGAGACACGAAACGAACCCGCGGAUGAGUCCCAUAUGUUAUUUACGAAGCAGCUGAAGGCUUCUAAUAUGAUGUCUGCAGUGUAACAUAGUUAUUUGUAUGCCACCAGGAUUCAUUGUACGGUAAAAGAACAAAUUAAAAUAAUAUAUUUAUUGUAUCCCAUAACAUUGAUUCUGAAUAGAAAUCUUCGGUUAUUUGUUCCGCCAUCAGAAACGAGAUGAUCGCGUGGGUUCGUAAGGUCAUAGUACAUAGUAUUUUAUUCUCAUUCUCUCUGGUACCCACUCGAUAUCCCUUUUCGCAAAUCUUAGUUGACGAGGGAAAAGAUUUUCAAAUUUAAUUCUUUUGAGUGGUUUAAUAGCGCGGAUAAGGGGUAAUUUGUUUGUCAACGAAAAUAUUCUCCGGGUGGGGGAUUUAUGGUUCAAUUGGUCCUGCAUGUAGCUGCACAAAUUGAUCCACGUAGAUGAAUCUUAAUAAUCGGCUUCUCUCCCGGUUAUGAGAUACAAUCUCCGGAUAUCUGACAAGUGGACUUGCUGAAACUGACUGAAAUCACAAUUGUUUCUGUUCAAAAAUUGCGGCAUGAAAUUAGCGGAAACCAAUCACGAACGAGCUUCGAUCAGAUGAAUUAAAAUCGGUUUUUUCAUAUGUGUAUGCUACCUUCCACCCUUUUGUAAAUGAAAAUGAUGGCCGUGUACAGCUUACAAAUAUUUCCUUCUCGGUAGUGUACUGCCAUCUGUUCGUCCCAAACAGCCAAAUACGAAUAAUAAUAGGAACAAUUCUGCAACGGAUCUAUAUUUAAAUCUUUUCAUCAUUAAAGUGUUCGGGUGGUGCACCAUAUUGACGGCCCUGGCCGAGAUGAGCUGAAAAUUUCUACCAUUUUCGAGUAGUUCUCGAAAGAUUUUUUGAAACACAGUUUUUUUCUUUAUUAAUGCAUGGAGACUUGACCAAGCGCGAGGUUCAACAAUUAUCAAUAACGUGUUCUAUUUGGUUCUUAUUUUUUUUAAAUAUUUUUAUACUUGUUUCGAUCCCGUCAGGUAAUUUUGAAAGUUUGGAGUGAAAAAUACUUUCUUCAUAGAAAAUAUUCCGUAAUUCAUGAAUUUGCGUUAAAAGGUGUAAUUUUUUAUCAAAUUUUGUAUGGAGAUAUCAUCUAGAGUAAGGAUUUUUUCAUAGAUCUCAUAUACCAUGUUAAUCCUUAUGAUGUAGUAAAAUGAUUCUACAUUAAUCGGAAUAAUGGAGUAGUUAUUUAUAAAAGUAGCACGUCACUGAACGUCAGAACUAAUGUUGGGAAGACUUGACCAAGUGCCAAUAUAUGGCAGAAAGAUACAAAAUUUCUGAUAUUUACUAUUCUGUGGUACCUACUGUGAAUGUUAAUCACGUCACAAAAAUCCCAACUUAAACACCAGUUUAUUUUUUUGUAGUACUAGUCAACAAAGUUAGCAGUUAUAUGGCUGAUUUCGUGACAUGUGAACAUGCAAUGUAACCAAUACAGUUAAUCCCAAAAAGAAAAUGGAUUUAAAAAAUCCAAAUACAUAAAAUUACUCGUUUUAUAUUUUUACUGGUACUAAGGAUCUCGAUCUCGAGAUUACAGCAUGUUUUCAGGCCAUUAAGUUUUUGAUCUGAUAUUUCAAAAUUCUCUCGAUCAAGUCUCCCCGUGGUCUGGAGACUUGACCAGAAAAAACUUUUAUAACUUUUGAAUAAAGUAAAUUGACAAUUCUGCAAAAAAUCAUGUAUACGCCCAAUACUUUUGGACAUUACAUUUCAAGGAAUAGAAAACUUGAAUUUGAAGGAUAGAAAACUUUUUUCAGAAAGUCAUUCUGUCAAGUAUAAUGGAAGUUAUUGACGUUUAAAAACUAACACGACCGUCACAGCCUAUUUUUUUUGAAAUGGGACUCCUAGAGCAAAUUUGGACCAUAUUAACACGUGCCCAAAACGAUUAUAUAAGAGUUACAUGUAUUUUUUCAUACGUUUUAUUUGAAAAUGCAAAAUGAUCGCAAUUUUUUAAACUUGCUGGAGCUCAAAAUGGUGCAAGAUUUCAAACGGAUUGUUUUCGGAAUCUCUAAAAAUGAGAUUUUAAAAAUACUGCAUUAUAAAAAUGCUCAGAUUUCGGGUUUUUCUUUGCAAAAAAAUUGUUUUUAUUUUCUAUCAUUCAUAUUUUUUUCUCAUGGUGUGCGCGAACUUUACCAAAUUUUAAAAUUUUUCGAUCGCAUUGAAAAAAGUUAUAAAUGAAUGGAAAAAUACGUGUAAUUCCAAUAUAAAACUUCAGUCGCUUUCCGGCACGUGGUCCAAUUUCGCUAAAAUUUGUAUAUAAGAGUUACAUGUAUUUUUUCAUACGUUUUAUUUGAAAAUGCAAAAUGAUCGCAAUUUUUUAAACUUGCUGGAGCUCAAAAUGGUGCAAGAUUUCAAACGGAUUGUUUUCGGAAUCUCUAAAAAUGAGAUUUUAAAAAUACUGCAUUAUAAAAAUGCUCAGAUUUCGGGUUUUUCUUUGCAAAAAAAUUGUUUUUAUUUUCUAUCAUUCAUAUUUUUUUCUCAUGGUGUGCGCGAACUUUACCAAAUUUUAAAAUUUUUCGAUCGCAUUGAAAAAAGUUAUAAAUGAAUGGAAAAAUACGUGUAAUUCCAAUAUAAAACUUCAGUCGCUUUCCGGCACGUGGUCCAAUUUCGCUAAAAUUUGUUCCAUUUUUUUGGAUGUCUUGAUUCAUCUUUGACCGGCGAUGGACAAAAUUCCAACAUCGCAAAAAUAACUACCACCCUACUCUGCAUGACCCUUUUCUGCGAUGCCUAAAACAGCGCAGAAUCGUGUUGCUUUAGAAAAGGCAGUACACGUUUUCGGGUACUCGGUCACACAAAUUGACCGUCACUGAAUAUGUUACUUUAUAAGCCACGGGUGCAGAUAGCCCGCCACACCAGCUAUUUCCUAGCGACCUGCGACAGUUUCUUAUCCAUUUUGCAUAGCGCGAAAAAAAUUGAUGCGUGGUUCAGCUUGCUUGAACACACCUACAAAAUGUGAUACGCAUAUUUGUUCCAUGUGUGUAGGGAAUCCAUAGCACAUGAGUCAGUUAUUCAUGUAGCGGCAGUUAAUGAGUUGUAAUGAUUAAUGUUCAUAGGGUCUUGAUCUUCCCGGAAAGCCAUUUUCAGGCUAGUCUGGGCUAGUUUAGCCUUCAGCUUUCUGACAAUUGAAAAUAAUGAAACCUUGUUUCGAUGAUAGAAGCCGGCUUAAUCUGCACUACUACUGCACUUAUUAAUUUCUAUCCUUGUAGUUGGUGGUAUCGAUGUCUUAGUCAUGCGAAAGAGGAGCUUAUAAAUUAAAACGGAGAACAUUGCACUUCAGCUCCGAUCUUUGUAGGUUUAUGGAGUGGGAUCAAAAUCAUCCAGUAUUCCAAGGAGGAUAGCAUCCAUAGAUUGACAUAAUAUUUAUAUUUGAAACAAUCAUCAGAUUGUUUGAUUGAUAGUCCACUCAAAA